GUCUUUCCCGGUGAUUUAUGGCUGUUUAUUUUAUUUUUAAUGCUCUGAUAGUAAUUAUAAGCAGGAAAGUGAUGUUUGCUGUUACAUGCCUUGUCUUAACGUUAUUUAAUUGUGGACUCGACAUUGAAGCUGGGAAGCUUUCCACUCUGGAUGGAGGAACAUCACAUCCGGUUCCUAAUGGAAACCCCACAACUGAAAACAAUUUGCACGCUAUAGCAGGUAUGAGAGCUUUCACUAAGGAGGAGGAGGCGGAGCCACGGAUUGUGGGUGGGAAAGAGGCGUGGCCUCACUCAUGGCCCUGGCAGGCAGUGCUGUGUUUCGCUGAUAUGCCAGCCUGUGGUGGUGCCAUUCUCAGCCAGUACUGGAUUGUCACAGCCAGCCACUGUUUCAGACGAUAUUCUAAAGAAUCUUUCUGGUCAGUGAAGGCUGGGAAACAUGAUAUGGAAAAUGAACAUGAGUCCUGCCAGCAGAAUUCCAAAGUGGUUAAAAUCAUCACUCACAAGGACUUUAACGGCAUAACCAAAGAAAACGACAUCGCCCUGCUGAAGCUGCAGACUCCACUGGUGUUUGACGAGUGUGUGAGGCCCAUUCCUGUCUGGAGUGGAGACUUGCCUUCACUGAAACGAUGUGCCAUUACAGGCUGGGGUUCCACCACUGAGAGUGGCCCCCGUGCUGACAAGCUUCAAGAAGCCAACAUUACCAUAUUGGAGUUUGAUACUUGCCUCAAACUUUAUGGCGGGGUUAUCCGUUCCUCCAUGAUGUGUGCUGGACAGGAAGCAGGAGGUGUGGAUGCAUGUCAGGGGGAUUCUGGGGGUCCCCUGUCCUGCUUCACAGGAGAGCGGUAUGAAGUUGCUGGAAUCGUUAGCUGGGGAGUGGGUUGUGGCCGUGCUCAGAAACCAGGGGUCUACACCAGAGUUACUUUUUACACGGAGUGGAUUAAUUCCAUAGUUGAUGAUCAACUUGGAGCUGAUGUCACAUGGAAGACAUCAACAGAAAGCAGAAAACUCUUUCCAUCCACUAAAGAUGAAGUGAAAAACUGUGGUCAGGCUGAGGUGAAACCCUGCAGGCUGGAUCAAGGAUUUGUAGGUUUCGAGUCAUCUGAGCCCAGUGGAGAGCUGAGAGUGGCAAACGUGACCGAGGCAUGUCCUCACUCCUGGCCAUGGCAGGUCAGCUUGCAAAGUGAAGAACUCCACUACUGCAGUGGUACCCUCAUUGACGAACGCUGGGUUCUGACUGCACGCCACUGCCGUGCUGAAGCUGGAGAUAUGGUGGUGCUUGGUGCUCAUGAUCUUAUGGUGGGAAGUCAACAAGUAUCAAUCAAGGCAGUCUACAGUCAGCCCUAUGAUGGCAGCUACCCUCCGCUGCAUGACCUCACUCUCAUCUACCUCCGUGUUCCAGCUCGACUAGGAUCUUCAGUAUUGCCAGUUUGUAUCCCAGAUGAAGACAUGACGUUUGAUCAAGGCUUGUCUUGUGUGGUAACAGGAUGGGGUUAUAAAAGAUCAACACCAAAUCUGAGUCCUGAUGUUCUGCAUCAGGCCCAAGUGAAUCCACUACCUGAGCAGGCCUGCUGGAACGGCUGGGGUCAGGUUUUCAGCUCCAAUGCCCUGCUUUGCACUCAACCUGCUGCCUCAUCAUCCUGCCUGGGUGAUGCUGGUGCACCUCUUCUGUGCCAAAAGAAUGGACAGUACUAUCUGGCUGGCAUGAUGGCACUGGGGGUCAAGCGCUGUGAUCAACAGAAACCAGCUAUCUUUACUAGACUGUCUGGCUUCCAGUCCUGGAUUGAGAAGAUUAAGAACCAUGAAGGACUAAAAUAAAAGAAUGCAACUUUUAAUUUUGUAUGUAUUGGUGUACACUAAUCUCCAGGGAAGACCUUUAAAUGAGAACUCCAUGUAGAAAUGCAUUAAAUGUUGAAACUGGAAUGUGA